AUGAAGCUUAGCUCAAGUGGCAAAAUUGAGUGGAACAAGGAGUUGAGGGAGAGAGAAGAGGAGGCAGCCAGACAACUAACUGAUGUUAUUUCGUCUUUUGUUCCGGUUGCAGGAAUUAAAGAUAGCUGGAUUUGGGAAGCUGCCAAGGAUGGAAGAUACUCCAUUAAAUCAGCGUACGAAGUGAUUAAAAAUCAGCGGAGUGACAGAGGUGCCCUCCGGCUUGACCUGGAAACUCUGGCGUCGAUUUGGGAUACGCCUACCCCACAGAAAGCAAUUGUUACUGGGUGGAGACUGCUGCGCAAUCGCCUCCCAACGUGUGACAACCUGAGGAAGAGGAAGAUCAACUUGGGUGAGGAAGAUCUCCGAUGUUGCUUAUGCCAAGAUCACGAGGAGGACGCAAAUCAUCUGUUCAUCUCAUGCCCGAAAACCCAAGAGCUCUGGGACGAGAUACAAAGGUGGACUGGGAUCAGCACGGCUCGCCCCUCUGCGGCAGCUGCACAUUGGUUAAGCUUCAGCGAGUGCGGACAAAAUAAGAAAGGUAGGAAGCUACUCAAUGCAAUAUGGUUGAGCUGUUGUUGGCUUCUUUGGAAGAGAAGAAAUGAGAUUAGGUUCGAAGGAAAAACGUGGGAGGUUUACAACUUACUUGUGGAAAUCAAAGUUAGAGGGUGA